AUGGAAACAUGUAUUACAUAUAAUACAAUGUUAUUUUGUUCAGUUUUAAUAUCAUUAAAUAGAUUUAUUGCUGUAAAAUAUCCAAUGAAUUAUAAAUUUUGGUUUUCAGCCAGAAUGUUAAAAUUUUAUUUCAUUAUCAUAUUAAUUAUUGGAAUUUCUAUUGGAAUUGUUGUUAUUUCUUAUGAACCUUAUUAUCAAUGGCUUGAAGAAAAAAAAGGUUAUUUUGUUGGCUUUAAAAAUAAAAAUGUUGGUAUUUUUACUGUUUGUUACACUUUAGCUUUAUAUUUACCAUGUGCUAUAUUAACUGUUUUAUUAAAUGUUAUGGCAGCAUUUGAAUUAAAAAAAUAUAGAAAAAAAUUAUCAAUUGAUAUGAAAAAAGAGCUUCAUUUAUUUUUUUAUAGUAUAAUAAAUUUAAUUGCUCUUUUAAUUUUCUUUUUAUACUUUUUAUUUAGAGCAUUACAUAUAAUUUUUUAUAUUCCUAUACUUCAUAAAAUUGCUAUUUUAUAUGUUCAAUGGAUUAUUGACAUACAAACUUUUGGACUUUUUUAUUCAUCACUUAUAAUAUGUAAACCUUUAAGAGAUAUGGUAUUAUUUAAAAAAAUUGAUAGUAAUCUAAGUCAAAAAAAAACUAUUGCAUCAAAAGUAAAUGUUGUAUCAAAUUAUAUAAAAUGA